AUGCAAAAAACGGUCAUCACUGAUGCUCUUGGUCUUGAAGAAGUUUUGCAAGUUUCUCACCGCGAGACUGCAAAAGAAAUAUGGGACAUCCUCCAAAUUAUACAUGAAGGAUCUAUUAAGGAAAGAGAUUUGUGGUACAUACUUGUUUUUAGCCUCAACAACAAUAGAAGGUUCAGGGCUGAUUCUGCAACUUUUACGGAUCUCGAGGAAAUUGCACUCACAUUAGGGCAUUUUGGAUUAACUAUUGUUUGGGCAGCCAUUUGCUUGACAAAUUCCUCUAAUAAAGGUUCAGAAGGUGAAGAGGUGGUUACUUGUGGAUGGUUAUAUGGUGGUGGUGGUGGCAGGGGUAGCAUCAGUUGUUUCACUAAAAAGUUAAGUGGCAUAUUCUCAAUCAAGGAUUUGACAGCAGCUAGAGUCUUAUCAACAAGUGAUCCACCACUAGCAAUAUCUAAAAUGUUUCUUUCCAUUGGCAAUAUGUCAUAUAGUACCUCACUUGAAUCAUUGGGAGAUUCACAAUCACCACCAAAAGAUGGAGAAAAGUGUUUAAAUGUAUUGAAUCCUAUCAUUGAUUUAAAUGCAAAUACUAAUGAAGAACCACUAACAAAUGAAUCAACACCGGCAAAUGAAGUUGUGAAUGAAGAAAAUGUUGAGAGCAGUGACAUUGUUAUUCAAAAGUCCAAGAGGAAGAAAACUUCUCUAUGGACCAACCAGUCAUUUGAUGAGGCAUUUAAAACAAACAUGUCAUGUUUACAAGAAGCUAGUAGCACAACAAAAAAAUUAAACUUUCAGCCAACAAAAAGCAAGAUUGGUGAGAAGCUUUCUGGACCACUACUAAUGAAUUCAGGAGGUAAAUAUGACCAUGAAAGACAACGAGAAGCCACCGCACAUUGGAUUAUGAUGCAUGAACAUGCAUUUAGUAUUGUUGAGGAAGAAGGUUUUCAUUUUAUGAUGAAGUGUUAUAAUAUUUCAUAUGAGAAAAUUAGUCGGAAGACAUUGAAGAAUGAUUGUAUUGUUGUUUAUGAAGCUGAAGGAAAAAAGUUGAAGUCUACUUUAAGGACAGUAAAUAAGAUUUGUUUAACCACUGAUUUAUGGAAGUCACAAAAUCAGAAGAUAGAAUACAUGGUGUUAACUGGCCAUUUCAUUGAUGCUGACUGGGUUUUGCAGAAACGCAUUCUUAGUUUUGUUCAUGUUCCUCCUCCUCGGCGUGGUGUUGAUAUUGUUGAUGCUAUCUUCAAAUGUCUUAAAGAUUGGGGUAUUGAAAAUAAAAUAUUUAGUGUGUCAGUGGAUAAUGCACAUUACAACGAUAGAUGUUUGAAAGAGUUAAAAGUUCUGAUUUUAAGGCACCGGAAAUUAGUGUUAGAUGGAAAGUUAUUUCAUGUGCGUUGUUGUGCGCAUAUACUAAAUUUGCUUGUUCAAGAUGGUAUUGGGAAAAUAGCAAAAAUAGUUGAAGACGUGCGUGAAAGUGUGAAGUUCAUCAAUCAGUCUGAAGCAAGGUUGCAAACAUUCUCACAAAUAGUUCAACAACUAAAGCUUGGUGGUAAAAAAUUAAUUCUUGAUUGCCCUACUCGUUGGAACUCCACCUAUCAAAUGUUGUCAGUUGCAAUGCAGUUCAAAGAAGUCUUCCCUCGUUUUCAAGAUCGAGAACCAAGCUAUACAACUCUUCCAGAUGAUGAUGAUUGGGAAAAGGUUGAAAAAGUUUCCAAGUUGCUAGAGGUAUUUAAUGUUGUUACAAAUAUUAUUUCAGGUAGUGAAUAUCCAACUGCUAACUUAUAUCUUGCUGAGGUAUUUCGAAUCAAACUAGUUUUAGAUCAAGCUAUCCAAGAUGAAUAUGAUUUUAUGAAAGAAAUGGCAAAAGCGAUGAAGGGAAAAUUUGACAAAUAUUGGAGCCAAUGUAAUCUUGUUAUGUCGCUUGCUUCUGUUUUGGACCCUAGGAUCAAAAUGAUGGGUGUUAACAUGUGUUUUCCCUUAAUUUAUCCGGAAGUUGAUGCUAGAAAAAAUAUAGAAAAUGUGUGUAUCGCGCUUGAUGAUAUGUACAAAGAGUAUGCUGAUAUACUUAGUGAGCAUAGUGAAGAAGGAUCUAGUAGAAGUGGUGUUGAUCAAAAUGGGAUUAUUUUGGAGUCACAAAAAUCCUCAGGGUGGUCAUUGUUAAUGAAUUAUAUCGAAGAACAACAAGCAAUUCCUGCUGUAAAAUCUGAAAUUGAAGAGUAUUUGAAUGAGCUAACUUACAAACCUAAAGAUAACGGCCAUAUGUCAUUCUGUGCCUUGGAAUGGUGGAAAUUGAAUUGUGGAAAAUAUAGAGUGUUGUCCCAUAUGGCAGCAGAUGUUCUUGCCAUUCCAAUAUCUACUGUGGCUUCGGAGUCAACCUUUAGCGCCGGAGGGAGAGUUAUCGAUUCAUUUCGAGCUUCUUUAAGUUCAUCUACUGUCGAAGCUUUAAUUUGUGGUGGUGAUUGGCUUCGAAUAUUGCAUGGAAUUAGGAACAAACCUAAGGUGGAGCAAGUUAUCCUUUCCUUACUAGCUAUGACAGUAAAUCAGUUGACAGUUGGUGUAAUGAAGAUUGAAGUUGAAUAA